UAUCUGACAUAUUAAUUCCAUUUUGGGCUUGCUCAUCUGAAAUACUGCCUUACUGUGUGGUUUAUUCCUGUUCUGUAUCUGUUACUAGGCUUCUGGAAUCAGGUUUACCUGAACUUUUGUUAUUCUAACUGUGCAGUAUUUGUUAUAAUUCCAUCGACUAAUGUUAUGUGGAUUAGAUCGAUACGCUGCUCAGCUGAGACAAGGUACUGGAUUGUCCUCCUUCAUACUGCUCUCACGCUCUGUAACCUGUGUCUGUAAGCCAUCAUGUGGCGACCCUUGCUGUGCACCUGUCUUCUUGUGCUGUGGUGUGUGAGCGCCUACAGCAGAACAGUUUUCUACAGUGGACCACAGGCACAUUCACUUCUGCGCUCUAAACGGGCCAAUAGUGUGUUUGAAGAGCUUAGACCACCAUCGAAAGAACGUGAAUGUGUUGAAGAGGUUUGUGACUUUGAGGAGGCCAGGGAGAUCUUCCAGACCCGAGAGGCAACGCUGGAGUUUUGGACUGUGUACACAGAUGGUAACCAGUGUGACCCCAAUCCGUGUGUCAAUGGAACAUGCAUGGACAAGUUCCAGUCCUUUGAAUGCUUCUGUAGUCCUGGUUAUGAGGGGAAAUACUGUAAUCAACCCAGCACAGCCUCUAACUGCUCAGUGCAAAAUGGCGAUUGUGACCAUGAGUGUAAUUUGAGGUCUGAUGGCCUGGUCCGUACUUGUAGCUGUCUCCCAGGAUACAGUAUCCAUGAAAACUCCAGAACAUGCAGUCCUAUAAAUAACCAUGCCUGUGGAAGGAUCUUGAUACAUAAGUCCUCAUUCAACACAGGGCCUAUACAAGGACUGCUGCCAUGGCUGAUUGGGGGAGAAGUAGGCAUGAAGGGAGAGAGUCCCUGGCAGGCUCUUUUGCUCAAUCCGGAGGGGAAAUUUCACUGUGGUGCUGUUCUAAUAGACAGGAGCUGGGUCCUCACUGCCGCUCACUGUCUGCAAAACCAUAAUCGCUUCAGUGUCAGAUUAGGUGACUAUGAGCGCUUUAAGCACGAGGGCACAGAGGUCACUGUGUCUGUGGCAGACGUCAUUCCACAUCCCAAUUACAACCCUAUGACACUGGACAACGACAUUGGACUUCUGCGCCUGGAAGCACCGGUGAAAUUCUCCAACUUCAUCCUACCGGCCUGCCUGCCAAGUCGAGGGCUGGCCGAGGGGGUGUUGCACCUCAAUGGCACGACCACCGUUGUGACGGGCUGGGGAAAGCUCAACGAAACGAGCAGGCGUUACAGUUCGGCCCUCAACUUUAUACAAAUCCCUUUGGUAAACCACUCCCUGUGCAGUCAACAGAUGAUGAACAGUGUGUCUGAGAAUGUGCUGUGUGCUGGCAUACUGGGUGAUAUAAAGGAUGCGUGUGAGGGAGACAGUGGUGGGCCAAUGAUGGUGGAGUAUCGCAAGACCUGGUUUCUGAUUGGCUUGGUGUCUUGGGGGGAAGGCUGUGGUCACAAAGACAAACUGGGCAUUUACACUAAAGUGUCUAACUACCUGGAGUGGAUAGAUAGAGUGCGUCAAAAGUUUGAGUAGGCAUGAUCACUGCUUCUCCCUCUCUUGCUGUCUAGCAUUGGUAUAAAAUGUAAUAAAAAUGUGACCCCUUCCUCUUGAAA